UUUGGCUAUGAAUGGAAUCGCCCAACCUUGCUGUUUUCCAAGAUUGUUGUGCGUUUAAGCCGUUUUAGCCCACCCGUAAGGCCUAAACAACUAGAGCUGGAUUAUGCUGCUUUAUCGGACUGGUCGUCUAUGGUCAUUGGGCGUACCUUCGGUGCGGGGUUUGCGGGGCGUGCCAGCCAAUACAUACCGCCAGGAGCGUGUUACCAGCAAUUCAGAUGGUUCGGUGUUGGUUUGUUGGCAUCCCGAGCCCCGUUUUCCCUACGCCUUGACCCGACCUAUGCCUCGCGCUCAGGCCCCGGGCACUCACUCAAAGUUGAAGAUCCAAUCCGUUGAAGACAUGCAAGAGCUGUACCACCACAAACCGGCCCGCUACCAAAUCCGGGAUCUCAUGCGACUCACAUGGACCACCAAGCACCGAUGGUUCCCCAAUCACGCCCAUCGCAAAGAGGACGCCAAGAAGAAUCCCCGGGAACGACCUUACUUGUAGUUACCCGUCAGUCCCAUAACGAAUUAAAUUCAUCCUUAGCAUAACCUUACAAA